GCGUCUCGCCCGUCUUGCUUUACGCCACCACAAACUCUACCAUCAUGGCUUCUCAAAUCCUCCCACUAGAGCUGAUUGACAGAUGUAUUGGAUCCCGGAUAUGGGUCAUCAUGAAAAGUGAUCGUGAGUUUACUGGGACGCUGCUUGGCUUCGACGAUUUCGUGAACAUGGUGCUAGAGGAUGUAACAGAAUACGAGACUACUCCUCAGGGAAGGAAGAAAACACGGCUUGCGCAGACGCUUCUCAAUGGUAACAAUAUUUGUAUGUUAAUUCCAGGCAGCGAAGGUCCUGAGUCGGACUCGUGACUUAUGAGAAGACAACAGUAGAAAAGUCAACACCUCCGAGCUCUUGCACUCUCAGCUUAAGGGUUGCUUGUAGAGGAACUUUCACUAGCACUGGCGCCAUGUUGUUCGAGCAGGUAUGGUAAACGUCGGUGAUAUUGUGGACAUUACGAGCAUCACAUCCUUUCAUCCAAAUCAACUAUGUAUGAUCUAUAAGACUUGUUGCCUAUCCACUGCGAUCCCUGGAUUGUACUUAGGUCACAAUCAAUGUAUAGUAGCCUGGAGUUUAACACUCAGUGCGCGCGUACUUCAGCUCGACACGU